GGUCACUGCAAAGCGCUUGCACCUGAGUACGAAGAGGCCGCGAAGGCGUUAAAGGAGAAAAACAUUAAAUUAGUCCAAAUUGACUGUGUCGAUGAAUCUGAUCUAUGCAAAGAACAAGGCGUAGAGGGAUAUCCGACGUUGAAAGUCUUUAAGGGUCUAGAAAACGUCUCCCUCUAUCAGGGCGCAAGAAAGGCACCAGCCAUCAUAUCUCACAUGACGAAGCAAUCCCUCCCAGCAGUAUCGAUUUUGAAAAAUGAGAUGUUGGAAGACUUUAAAUCUGCCGACAAGGUUGUGGUUGUCGCUUUCUACAAUGCCGACGAUAUGGCUUCGAACGUAACAUUUUCUACUGUAGCCGAGAAACUCCGGGAUGAAUUUCUUUUUGGUGCCAAUUUUGACGCUGAUCUAGCCAAGACUGAAGGGGUGACUGCUCCAGCAGUUAUUCUAUACAAGAGCUUUGAUGAGGGUAAAGUUAUACUCUCUGAGGAGUUCAACGCCGAAAAUAUCGAAAAAUUCGUCACCGUAUCUUCCCUACCCUUGAUCGGAGAAGUGGGGCCUGAGACAUACGCCAAUUACAUGAGCACCGGUAUCCCCCUUGCCUAUAUUUUCGCUGAGACGGAGGAGGAACGCAAAUCUCUUUCGGAAAUCCUAAGGCCUGUCGCGGAACAACACAAGGGAAAGAUCAACUUUGCCACUAUUGAUGCAAAAGCAUUCGGCGGUCAUGCCGUAAAUCUCAAUCUCAAGGCCGAAAAGUUUCCAGCUUUCGCCAUACACAAUAUGACCGACAACAAAAAAUAUCCUUACGACCAAGAACUCGUUAUUGAUGCCGAGACAAUUGGGAAACAUGCAUCAACUUUCGUAGAGGGGAAGCUUGACCCCGUCAUCAAAUCUGAGGAGGUUCCAGAAACACAGGACGGCCCAGUGACAGUUGUUGUAGCCAAAAACUAUGAGGAAAUAGUUUUGGAUGAUACCAAAGAUGUAAUCUUGGAAAUUUAUGCUCCUUGGUGUGGCUACUGCAAGGCACUCGCUCCAAAAUAUGAUAUCCUUGGCCAACUCUACUCCCAAGCAGGACUCAACGACAAAGUUGUUAUUGCAAAGGUUGACGCAACUGCCAAUGACAUACCUGAUGAAAUUGAUGGAUUCCCUACCAUUAAACUCUUUAAGGCUGGUGAUAAGAGCAAUCCAAUCACUUUCAAAGGUGGUCGCACUGUUGAAGACCUCAUCGAAUUCGUGAAGGAAGGCACACACCAAAUGUCAGUCGAAUAUACCAAGGAAAUGAAAGACAAGCUAGAAGCCUCAAAAGAGGAAGAAGAAGAUCUAGAGCCGAUUGAGAUUGACGAAGAUGAAUUGAGUGAAAUGUUUGAAGAAGAUUCAGCUGAUUCUACAUCAGAAGAGUCUACUGAAUCUGAUACAACAUCUGAUGCUACCUCUGAGGUUGGAUCUGAGGAGAAGGUAGAAGAGCACGACGAACUGUAG